AUGGCAGAGGCACCAGGGAAAUGGAGCGAAGAGCCAAUUUCAAAAGAGGAUAAUCGCUCUUUAAAUCUUAUCGUUGAAUGUCGUCAAGAAGAACCGGGCAAGACUGUUGUCGAAUUACGAUGUAGCGGAAAUGGUUUCACUGAUUCUGGUUGGAAAGAUUUUAGUAAGAAAAGCGUGGAACAAGGAUGCAUGGCUAUUAAAGAAGCAUUAGAAGUAUCAGGACGUCAAGUGGCUGGUGUGCGGCCAAGCGAAUCAGUUGUUGUCGAAUUGCAUUGUUAUACGAGGCAAAGUUUCGUCUCUUUGAUGGAUGACUUUGAAUCAGGUAAAGUUAAGCGACGUUUGGAAGAAGAAUUUGAAAAAGUUGGAUACAAAGGAGAAUUGGAAGUGACUAUCAUAAAUGGAAGUGAUGUCUACAGGGCACUGGAUCAAAUAAGGUAAUGAAAUUGUUUAUUGAUUAUUCUUCUGUUUGAGAACAACGGCCAACGGGGUGUCAAGCGAGUCCUAUAUUCCUAGAAAAUCCUAUUUUUUCAGACCCUCCCUAUAAAGUCCUAUAAAUUGAACAAAUUCCUGUAUUUUCCUAUAUUUUGAGCCUUUUUCAUUGAAAAUUCAAGAAAUAUUUAAAAAUUUAACUAAUUAAUUGACCGGUGGUUAAAAACCCACAAUCUAGGAAACUUUGAUGCCGCAAGGAUGUGUUUGCUACACCUCAAAAUGCAAAAUGUUCUUUAAAUUUCCGCCUAGCUUCCUCUUAACUUUUGGUGGUGUGCAGUGGAUUGUGGGUUGACUGUAGGGGGUCCAUCAUUCACGUGCUCGUGGGCGCCAUCAAACCAAAUUGACACAAAUUGUCAGAAGAAAUUGUAAAUGGGUACGUACUACGGUCUACCAAGGACAUGAUCAAGUUUACUGAGCCACAGUUACAUAGGCCAGAGGGAAUCCCUGUAAGAGGGUCUGAAUUUGGGUACCUCGAUAACACUAAACACUUAGUUUUUGGCUCUGUAACAAAAAACAGUUAAAUUUUGGGCAUUUUAACACUAACAGUGAAAAAUUCUCUUUUACAAUUAAUUUUAUCCAGACGGAAACAAAAACAGCACCAAAAAGGGCAAUGUUAUUUUGUUCAGUAUAUCAAGAAGUUUUCGGCCACUUUCCGACAAUUCCCGAUCAUUUCGGAAGAUUUCCGAAGAUUUCCAAAGAUAUCCGAGGACUAGCGAAGUUUUCCAAGGUAUUUCCAUUUCCCACUGCUGUUGCGUAACGAUGCUGUUAUUCUCCGUUUUUCCGUUGGAACUACGCUGCAAUUUGAAUAGUUUUAGCUUAAAACCCUACAAACACUUAACAGGAAAAACGAAAAUUUUUCAAGGUCAGGGAAAAGUCAGGGAAUUUUUUAAAAACUUUGACAUUGUCAAAGUCAGUUAAAGUUCUUAAGUUUUCUGCAAGACUUUGAAAUGCAUUUUCUUUUGGAAAAGAUGAAAAGUAUGCUGUAAAGCAAGCAAAGCGAUCAAUAUGACACUCUACGCCUGACACAUGUAGUAGUUGUGGUCAGUGGUUUUCGUUGUGGAUGCUUUCUUCCAAAUCCUUCUUCCGGAAGGAGGUUGAAAAUGAAGAGAAAAUAUUGAUGGCCUGCAAAAAAAGCUAAAGCGAAUGUAAACAUUGAUUGUUUCUCAUUAAUGAAAGGUCAGUGAAAACUGUUUAAAGGUCAGUGAAAAGUCAGGGAAAAGUCAAGGAAUUUUAACUUUCUGAUGAGUGGCAACCCUGUUAACACCGGAUCUUGAAAGUCAAUAGGGAAAAUAGACAAACAUUAAACCGCAAUUCACUACCAUUCCUGGACGGCCUUUAAGGAUGGCUAAGGCUAAUGCACUUGUACGAUCAAUUGAGCGCUAUUUUAUGAUAAUAUACAAAAAUCGAUUUUAAAUUUGCUGGACACCCCAAGGUGUUGUGCUACGCCCCAUGUUAGGUUUGCCUCAGAUACUUAGCGAAGUGAUGGUUCUCUCCAGGCCCCAGUUGUUCAUUAAAAGUUGGAUAGCGCUAUCUAUUGGAUAAAUUACUUUUCAGCGGAUAUGUUACGAGUCAAAUUUAAUUUUAGGUUAAUUUUGAUUUAACCUAGAUUGAUUCUCAAUUUCCUUUGUCUCCUAAUCCUAGGGGACAAAGUAAAUUGAUAAUCAACUUAGGUUAAAGAAAUUUAAAACUGAACUUUGUAAGUGAAAGGGGUACCGUUUGUCAAUAAAAGGUAUUCAAAAGGAGUACCCUUUCAAUCAAAAAUGGUAAAUGAAAGGGUAAGGGGUUGGACCUCGGGGCGGAGCCUCCCGGCAUAAAACUCUGUUGAGGCCCCUCCGGGGAGCUGACACGUGGUAACCUUUCCGUUUACUCGAAUUCUGUUUGCAUAACUGCUCAUACACCUUAUAAGGCCGGUGCUUUAAGUUUAUUUGCAUGAUAUAACUAGAUCUGGCUUUUCGUUAUCAUAGAUGAAUAGGAAACCUCUGUAGAAGAUUGAGGGAAGAUAUUUUUGUUUUUUAAGAGCGUGGAUGGCCAUGAGUAAGAGGGAAGGUGAAAUAUCAGCGGCGGCGGAUGGUGAGUGCAUAAAAUUGUCCUAUUUUAUCCAGGGUAACUCGUGUAACAGCAAUUUACAACAAGUGACUUAUCAUCGUCGAUCGUACCCAUCAGUAUUUAAAUCAUCUUGUAUGUAAGAGAACAUUCUUGCAUAUGGCCUAUUAUGGAGAUCGAGGACGGUGUUAUCCGACGCGGAUAACGCCCGUCCAUAUGAUACGAAAGCCUAAUUCAAUAAUUGUUUUAUUAUUCAUUCAAAAUAAUUCCUAGUUUAAAAACAAAGCUAAUACAUCCUUACCUCCAUCGAUGUUAAGUUCAUCUUUGAUAGUGCACGUUUUGGGUGGUUCAGCUCCGCAAAUAAUUUCCAAAUAGCUGAUGUCGCCCUUCGAGUUGUGUUGUUGCUCUUCUUGCCAUGUUUUUCGCUAUAAUUUCGCCUAGUUCUUACUCUUAAAACGAGUGAAAUGUCCGCCAUUUUUUGUUUUCGCGACCAAAACAACUCAACCUCGUCCCCAGGUCUUCUCGGGUAACGGUGCAUUAACCAGCAAGAAGGCUGCACUUUUGACGUCAUCGGUUCAUUACACGCAUAAUUCUACCAAAUUUGGUCAUUAGUGGCUGGUUAUGGUGAAUUAUGCGUGUGCUCUUAGCCAAUCAGAAUCGGGGAAAUAUUUUGAAUGAAUAAUAAUAUUAAUUAAUCUUCAUAUAAAUCCUCAUACUGUUGCGAAAUAAAGUCAAUGAUCCUGUGAGGACAACGUUUUUAGGAAAGUUAUUCCACACAUUAACGACGGCUUUUGAAGUCGAAAUUUAUAGGCUGAUGAAGGAAAUUCAUUUUAGCGCGGCGUAAGUUGAAAUUUUACCCGGUAUAUGUUUAGAGCGAAAGAGAAUGUCAUGGUGAAGACAGCGCAAGACUAAGUGACGAAUUAAGAUCAUUACGGAACGCUCUUUAAAGCUCUGCUUAUUCAAUAUGUGAACAUUAGUUAAUGUAGUUUCCUUGUAUUUCUUAUUUACAUCAGAAACUAGCUCGGCUGCGAACCUAGUGACUCACAUUAUUCGAAAAAGUAUGUAAAGAAGGAAUCCUAUCUUCCCGCCAUGUGAUGUGGGCUAACUAUUAUUAUCAAACGGCCGAACCCUGGGCCGAACUCUUGGGUCACUCAUUUCAAAAUGAUAAAUGGAGAUUACUUGAAAAGAUAUGUGUUUCAGUUUUUGAGAUAUCUGCAAUAAGGGGCAAUUGAAUGGCCCCGUUUUUGCAUAAAGUAGGCAUAUCCUUUUCCCUGUGUACCCCCACCCCAUCUCUCGAAAUAUAAUUAUUUUGUAUCGGGAGCCGACUCCUGGUUGUACUUUAAACCCUCAAGUCUUUCUUCAACUACAAACAACAUUGAUUUGAGGGUGGGGGAAUAAUGGUGUUGAAACAGAAUUGUAUGAUAAACGGAUGAAAAUGUGCUGAUAAAAAUGUACUUUUCAGACAAGUGUGUGAAGUACUGUGUCAAAAGAUUGUAGCAUGCUUUUUGACGAGUGAAUUGAUUGUGUGAUCGAGCACAACAAAGAAGCUACAGAUGCCCUCUUCCUUUAUAACAAACUGCUUCCUGGGGUAUCAUUUAGAUUCAAUCCAGUUUUACUGAAGUAAUCUUUGUAAAAAACAGCGAUGCAGUUACUUAUCUUUUUUUGAGACAUCCAUCACAGCCCUGCUUUAACUUGUCACUUGACUAUCCCAUGGGGGACCCUCUUAUGUAAAACAGAUAGGUGUGUGCGGCCCUAAAGGGUCUGUUUUUUGUGGUACUUCAGUCUGGUAUAGACUGGUAUAGACUUUUCCCAGCAGUGAUAAACGUAUUUGUUGUUUUAAUUCCAAAUGAAUUAGAAAGAAAGAGUAAUGUGCAAAUUUCAAAUGGAUUUUAAGAAAUCUUUUCGUUGGCCUUCUAAUCUGAGUAAUGAUUAUGUAAUUUAUACGUUCGUGAACAUGUAUGUUGCAUUUUGUGACCUACUCCAGGUCUGGAAAUGGGUAUGGAUUUUAGAGGCCAGUUGUGAAAACAGGUGUGGUAAACGACAUUUUGUGGUCUGAAAUAGGGUCAGAAUUUGGGGAACUGGGUGGCACACCCCACCAAGAAUUCCCAGGAGUACCCGCUGGGCUACAUCGUGGUUGCCAAAUGAAUAUUUUUUUAUUUGUUUAUUACAGCUAACAAAAUAAUCAACAUGGCCUCCAGCACAACUUCAUAUGCAUCCACCAAGGAGACAACAAAUUUUGCUCGUCUGUGUCGCCUUCUUGUGGAUGUAGGAUCCCACGCAUUAAGAAACAAGUUUGAUAGUAUUCACCCACCGGAAGGCCUACAUGAAGUUCUUACAAAGCCACCAGCACACCCAAUACUGCAGUCACUUAGAGGGAAGAGAGUUCUCAAUCCCACUCAAUGGGCCAAGCUGUAUCCCGCUUCACCUUCAUCCGUAUCUUCGAAAGAUUUUGAUGUGAGACUACUCAUGUUGCUCUUAAGGAAUAUAUGUGGCUUGAUUCCUCCAGCCACUGGUUGGGAUAGUCUCCCACCUGCUGCAGAUACGAGUGCUGAAGCCAACAUAGUUAGGGUUAAGUAUUAUAGGAACUGUGUCUAUGGAAAUGCCAGCCAGGCAUCUGUGGAUGAUGCAACAUUUAAUACCUUAUGGCAGGAUAUAAGUAAUGCAUUGGUAGGACUGGGUGCAGAUGCUGCCGCUAUCAAUACACUGAAAACGCAGAGUAUGGAUCCUGUCAUUGAGAAACACUACCAAGAAUUACUGAGGGAGUGUAAGAAAGAUGAUCAUAGCAGCAAAAGUAGACUUGAUGAGAUUGAAGGUAACUUGAAAAGUCAAUAAUUGACCACUCCAGAAAAUACCAUAACGUACCAUAAUGCUCUUUGUUUGUCACCCCAAAUUUUGUAUAAGCAUUGUUUUCAGUUUCUCUUGGGGCCAUUUUAACUCCCAAGGGAAACUGAAGGCAAUGCUUAUGAAAAAUUUUGGAGUGACAAACAAAGAACAUUAUGGUAUGUUAUGGUAUUUCUGGAGUGGUCAAUUAUUGUGGAUUGAAGAAAUAACAGUAAGCUUGUAACACUGUUAUGCAUAAAUUAGACCUGCCAACUACCAACUCUCACGGCCUCACGACAAGACUCCCAAUCCAACGGUUUUUUGGGAAAAAUCAUUCUGAAAUGAGUGUUACCUUGAACAAAAUGGAAACUCAAUGGGGAAUGCUAGUACCUUUUUAAGCCUUGUUGGGACUUUGUCUGACAUUUUUGGCCAUGAUUGUAGUUGGCUUAUCCCGGAGAAACUUAGUAGAAACAUUCCGAAACUAAUCCUACAAUGAUAAUACAAUCGCACCCCUAGCCAAUCUGAUGAAGUGGUGCAGAGAUUAAGGUUUAGAAUAGAAAACAAAAACAAAAGGUAACCAAAGGUUCACACAUUUUAGUAUUUCUGGUGUAUAGUUAAAAUCAAAGAAAAUCGUAAGAGAGUAAGGCUAGCUGUGCCUCACUAGGAAAUUGCAUCAUACAGGGGCUAUGUGGCAGCGUAGAUUCAAUGAUAAACUGCAAUCAUCCCUAGAUAGAAGAAGAAGGCAAGUGAAAGGAAGACAAACAAAGAAAAAGCCAACAAAAAGGCAGAUUAGCAAAAGCUAUACAACUAGCGCUAAAAGAUAAUAGGGACUUUAAGCCAAGACUUCGGAAAGUUCUAGUAGCGUGACCGGAAGUAUUUUUUUUCGCCACCAGUCAAUGCCUCAACUCGUGGAGUUUAAGAUACCACGACGGCUAUGGCGGUGAAAAGUGCAUUCGCGCUUAUUCGCGCUUGAAAGUAUAUUCGCGUUCUUUUAUUCUUUAUCGCCAUGAAUCCAACUCGUUUACUUUGUCAAAUGUUGGCGAACUCUCCUGAGAAGGGGGGAGGUACAGGAGGAUAAAUUUCCCUCCUCCCUACUUUAUUUCAGCCAAUUUCUCCCUCCUCCCUAAACGUGGUUUUAAAGUUGGUGGCGGACAACACACGACUCCUGGAGUCGGUAGACGUAAAGCAAGUAUAAUGACCUUCAGAGCUUCGCCUCCACACUAACAUACUGCACGAAGAGGGCCUUACCUUCGAAUGUAUGCAUACAAAGAUUUUUAUGGAGGGAAAGCCCGCAUACCUACCCCCGGGGGAUACUCCCCUAUUUAAGCCAUAUGGGUAUGUGACGCCCUAAAGAGUAUGAAAGCGGGUAUGAUUUUGCCCAUUUUGGUCUGGAAUUGGGUAUGGUUUUCGAGGAAACUACAGGAUGUGUAUAAACGUAGUUGUCGUUUCAAUUCCAAAUGAAAGAUGAGAAAGAAAGAUUAAUAAGUGAAUGCGAAAUGGAUUUUAAGAAAUCUUCUUUGAGCUCUAGUCUAAAUUCUACCUAUACCAGGUCGGAAAACGGGUAUGGAUUUAAGAGGCCGGGUCUGAAAACAGGUGUGAAAUACGGUCAGGAUUUGGAUAACCGGGCGGCACACGCCCACCCAAAAUUCCCGGGAAUACUCCCCCCGGUUACCUACUAAGUAUCUAAGAGAAAUACUCCAUCUUAUAUUAACAGAAAACUUGUUCCAAUUUUGCGGUAGCAACUACCUAUAGACCCAUGGGGCCGUUCCUUUUGCUAACAUCUUCAUGGCCAGAAUAGAAAACCAGAUAUUGAGACAGUUGUAUUGAACCGUACCCUUGGCACCAGAGGAUUUUUCUCGCGUGCGGUGAAAUGCUUCGGUGUCGGCUGCAGGCCGACAGAUCUUUGGCCGAAGGCAGAAGUCACUAGAGGCGAAGCCGCGCGGAAAAAACGCAAGAAAAAAAAUCUUUUCACUUCGGUCACUAUAAAGACUUUACCAAACCUGAAACUACGCAUAAAAAGUCUCUGGGCGCCCAGGGUAUAAUUGAACAGCUGUUUUAGAAAAGAUAUAUUGACGAUGUGUUUUCUCUAUUGAACACAAGUCUAGACAAAAUAGAGAGCUAAAAUCGUGGAAAAGGCAAAUAACUUUCACUCUGCUAUCAAAUUCACGGCUGAGAUGUCCGAAACAGCGAUCACUUUCUUGGACACAAAAGUGUACAAAUGGGUUAGAUUCAAUAAGGAACCAACCCGAGACGGGCGAACAGAUUAUAAACCAACCAGGAGCCCAUGAGCCAAACGGAAGCGUUUCACAUACUCUUCUCAACCUUCAGGCGUGAAGAAAUGCUUCAUUAAAGGAGAAGCGCUCAGGCGUCUAAGGACUGAUUCCUCUCAAACCACUUUUGAGGAAAACUAUCAAAGAUUUCGAAAAUCUCCUGAUAGAAAGAAGCUACCCUGUCCCUAUUGUGAGAAAGUACCCCUCUGAGUUAAAAUUCACCGACAGGAAAACAGCCCUUUAACAGAGCAACCAAUCUGUACGUAACAAACUACUACCUUUUGUUACACAAUACCACCCGGCUUUACUUACACUGAAGAAAAGACCAUGGGAAGAUGGCACCCUAUACAAAACCAACAACGGCUAAGAGAAAUCUCAUAUCAUGUCGUAAGGGAAAACCCCUUAAGGACCUAUUAGUUAGAGCGAAGCUAUGAAGGGCAGAUAUCUUCCUUUACGACUAAGUGCAGAGGUCACGUGUCGCGACUGUCGUUGCCAAGUUUUAAACCUGGUAACUUGAGAUGCGUCAAAGUUUGAUUCCAUGCCUCCUCGGUUAAGUCCGACCAAGGGAGUCCUAGCGGACCCGAGGGGAUUGCAGUGUACUUGAUUUUCCCUGUUCCCCAUCCCUUGUCGUGACGCAAGUUAAAAAAAGCCGUAAAAUUACCUUCUCAUAGUUACCUCCCUACUCCUAACAUUUCAUUUUCUCCCUCCUCCCUACAUUUUCGCCCCGAGUUCUCCCUCGUCCCUAUUAGGUACCCCUUCCCCCUCCUUGAGGUUGAAGCCGUGCAUUGACCCCCCCACGGCAAGGAAAUGUUAAAAAAAACAUUUAUAAAAAAAGGGCGAUGCAUGUGCAAAUUCAGGGCUUGCUUGUAUUUCAUCAGUCUUAUUCACACCACCUGGUGAGAUGAUCUCCCUUGUGAAAUAUCCUCUUUCCCGUCAACUGUAUUUUGCAGUAUUUUUCACUUGGGAGCCGUGCUUGACACCUAAAUUUGGGGCUCAUAAUCGAAAAAUAAGCCUUCAGAAAUUUCCAAAGAUGACCAAAAAAGGAUAAAAUGCGUGUAUUUAGCGAUUCUGUUUCAAAUAAACACCGGCGUUUUAAGCACGUAAAAUACAACCAAAUACUUAACGUACUAGACACUACGGCCAGCCGUGAUCCUCUACGUUUUCGGGAGCGUAGUACGGCCAGUCAAUCAGUUUAAUUAGCAAAUCAACAACUUUGCACCUGAAUCUUAUCGUUUUAUCAACAUUUCUUUGUCAUCACUGCACGACCACGACGUGAAAAUCCCUAAUUUCACGUUUUAUUGAGGACGUAAACAAACCAAGACCAACUGUUUUCCUCUAUGAUUUUGCCUACAUUUGACAAAAUAAACGACUUGUAAUCACGAAGAAGUUUGAAAGAAUGCGAAUUGACUUUUUAUUAAAAAGCGACGUUUUGACCGCUGUCGCCGUCGUGUGGUACCUUGAAUAGGGAACUUAAGAUGGAGACGUUUUCGGGGCGACGGCGACCGGACUGGCAGAGAAAGCCUGGAACCAAGGCAGCCGUCGCUUCCCGUCAAAAAUAGAACAUUAAGAUCGCAGUGAACUCAGAAGGACGGCGCCUUUAAUUAGAAGAAUACCGAAGAGGAAAAUAUGGCUUCACAUAAAGAAUUAAGAGAAUAAAUAUUUGCUAUGCAGACAACAUGUAUCGGAUGAAGAGUUUCUCGUUUUGUGGGAAAAUUAUGAGUCCAAAAAUCCCGAUUUUCCUCGGGACAGUUACGAUCCGUUCACGCUAAAAAACAUGCGGGAUGCAGCUGAGUUCAAGGCAGAAUUUCGUGUUGAAAAAAAAAUGAUCUCCACAGGCUUGCCGAAGCCUUGCAAAUUACAGGAACAUUAAAAUGCUACCAAGGAACCGUAUUCUUAGUUUGGUAUUGAAAUAAUUCCCGGGAAAUACUUGCAUGCAACAACAACAACAACGGCAACAACUUUAUUUCAGUAUUCCCACGCCGAGUUAGUACAUGGUAUUACCUACUAUUCUAUAUAAUUUUCAAUGCGUUUCAUUUAUACGAUAUUCUAACGAAAAGAGCGAACUAAAAACACACAAUUGAAAUAUCGGAGUUCAUAUUUUUUGUCUGGAUACUUUUAUUUGGCUCGUAGGAAAAUUUUGUCCAUGUCAAGCUCACGGUUGGCUGUUUGCCAAGUUGGAUCUUGACCCUGUGACAUGAAAACAUAGAAACAUUCAAAGAAGUAAGUUUAGAUAACAGUGCUUGGAAAUCGAGCUUGAAAUGUGCCUCAAAGAAAACAAGGACAAUUUAAGAACGAUAAUCUGCAAAAUGUUGGUUGCUAAACGCAACAAACCUGAUUGAAAUGAAAGUUAAAUACUCACGUUUUCGCCACAACGCCAAACAGACCAGUUUGACGUCGCCGACGGGACCACGACGGCAAGGUGGUGAGCACGAGCAUGCGCAAUAUCCAACAAAUGAUGAUGUCACGUCCGGUUGAAGUUGCCGUCGCCCCGAAAACGUCUCUAUCUUAAGUUCCCUAAUGAGGCAAUGACGCGUGGCGGAAAAAAAUACUGCCGGUCACCGUACUAAACCCUUCCGUAGUCGUCCUAGUGAAUGGCCUGAUCACUUAAACACAAGAAGAAAAAGGAAUUGUGACAUCUCCGCGUUCUUUGCCAAUAGGUAAUAUGCCACAUUACUCAGUCAAUUUCAGAAUGCUUUAAACUGGAAAAUUGACACUUCUCGACUUUCCAUGGGCAUGCGAAUUCAAGAGAAACUUUGAAGUACAUUUUGAUCUGCCGAUAUGGGAGAUGAGACGUUUGAAUUUUAAAAGAAGAAAAACAAAUCAACCACCACUUUCAUUCCACUAAGCAGUAAAACAAACAAAAUAGACAGUGUCCCUUGGCCCCCCUUAAACUGAAACUGUUGAUUCAUAAGUUAGCCUAAGUUUUACUUUCCAUUUCCUUCAAAUCUAAGAAAAAAUCUCAAAGAUUCUCUUUCGACUUUCCUGUAGUUUUAAUCAAGCUCAAACAAUAAGAACUGAAGCAUUGAAAGCCACAUUUUUUUCCCUCUCAUUACGGCAUACGUGCUGCUGUUACAGCGUAGUGGUGGCGGUGAUGCUGCUUCUGAAUAAAAAAAGGGCGCGCCAUUCCCCUAGCAGUGAAUACCUUUCGAUUGUUUGUUAUUAUCCAUUGACAUUUUUAUUGGGCUUCCUAUGGCGCCCAAUUACGGAAUGACAUUUCUCCAUUGAAAAAGGACAAAAUGGCGGACGGCUCGCCCAGAAGGCGUUGCGUGUCCCACUCCCCCUGUAAUGAAGGCGAUUGUUGCAGGAAGGGGACGGGUCAUGCAGGUCGUCUGGCGAACAGAUUUGGAACGAACACAAAAUUAUUGCGUGGAGUUAUUGGCCCUAUAUCCACGCCAAAUGAUUAUCUAAAUACAGUAUUCGAUGAUGUUAUUAGCCUGUGCUGGAGUUGCAAAUACAAUGCCCGCCCACGGUCCCCUCGAGAAAAGCUUAAACUUGUUGGAAUUCUCUGCCUGCGUGUGAAAAGUCUUUCCCGAAUAUGUUAUUUGUAGAUUGCCUCGUCCAAUAGAAACAUAUUUACUUGGAUAGUCAGUAGGGCUUGAAAUGCAGUAUCCGACAGAAAUAGAACUGAACUUAAUUUACUUUGCCGGUUUUAAGGAACAGAAAAUUACGGUUAUUUAUAGUAUAGAACGACAACAAUUUUGGAAUUUCUGGUGAGAUCAAUGUUAUAUUGUCAUGCUAUAUUUAACAAUUAUUCCACGAGGGCGCGUUACAAGCGCGAGUGGAAUAAUUGUUUUAUUAAAAACGCCCACAAAAUCUCCUUGAAUCUCCCCGACUAGAACAAACCGGAAAAGACAAGGGACUUCCGCUAUUCACAUGUCACACGUCUAUCAAAACUGUCAACGCGCGAACGGACUCGCCUGGACUGCAUGAAUGAAAAAUCAAAACAUUGUACCGAUGAACAUUAGUUUUUUAAAACCUCAUCGGGAUUCUAGGAUUUUACACAGCCGAACAGCUAAAAAAACCUGGAAGAUAAUGUGAAGGAAAAGAAUUUUCAAGUGACAGCUGUCGAAAUUACUGUGAAUUUGGAUUUUCGGGGCAGUUAUAAAAGUAAGAACAACGGAGAAAAACUAUUACCUCGGUCGCUUGUUAUGAAGUUGUUUGAAGCCACAAGCUGGUUUUGCUGAACGAGAAAAGAAGCUAUACUGCCGCCUCGAUUGCUCCAGUGAAUGGCUGCAUAGCCUGUAUUUGUAGCUGGUUACUUGUGAUUUAUAUUCUUGAAGUCGGAUAAACAAGACGCAGUUAUCUAUCGGCGAGUGACUCGAUCGGCGAAUGGCUUCGCGAUCAUGAAGAAACAACACUUGUCUUCUUUCGUAGCUGGUCAAGGUACUUUAGUUCCAUGUGUUCUCAUGUGUUUUUCGGCAAAAUUUCAAACAAGCUCUUGUGGCUGUUUUGUUCGUUUCUGCCUUUUUUCUUUCGAUGAAAUUGCAUGUCUAGUAUUCUAAGAAAUGAAUUAAAACAAUUUGCUUCGGGCGCCGUUCUGUCCUUCGCGAAAAAAAAUCUCAGCUAGCUUCCGACUUUAAACUGUCGCGUACACCGACCAUAUAUGGAGAGCAUGGUAUAAUAGCUCAUAUACCAUAACGGCUAAGCCAAUCAAAAUGCCAGAAUUGCAUUAUCCAAUGAUUCAGUUUUUAAUAAAUACAUUUAUACAAUGAUGUGAAUGCUACGCGCGCUGUGAUUGGUCGUUGCCCAUGAUCUAUUAGAGUACAGAUACAUGGAUGACGUCGCGGGAAACUUGUUUUCUUUGUUUUGUUCAACAUGGCACGCGGUUUUGAAAAUGUUUGUGAGAUUAUUUCGGAUUGAGGCAAGUGAAAGCUUCGGAAAAAGUUUGGCAGGAGCUAUUUACAAAGAAGAAAAAUGGAGAAACGGAGACCAAAAACGCUAUUGACCACUUGACAAUGCCUAAACUACAAGAAAUCUUCACAACAGUUGCCAUCGUGUGUCUUCGCUACGAGAGACUCGCUGUUUUGCAAAAUGUUUUCGCUAUUAUUCUUCUUUUUGCAAGAAAAGACGGUGAAAAACUUUUCAAAGAAACUGUACACAAGUAAGAUAAAGAAGAAGCUAAGAUGAAAAGUUGGGUUUGGGACUUAAAAAAUGUCUAAACUAGCACAAAUCCUCAAAAGGUCAAGCGGUUCGAGGCAGGUAUGUGUAUCGGUCUUUUUCUUUUCUGAUCAUUGUAUAAAACAAAUAGAUUCCAUGUUGCCGUGGGUCUGUUCAGUAAUAGAUCACAGAGGACGUCAAAAUGUGGUAAAAACAACAGUGACACACUCGCCUGCGGCUCGUGUGCCACUUCUUUGUUUUUACGACAUUUUGACGUCAUCUGUGAUCUAUUACUGAACAGACGCACGGCAACAUGGAAUCUAUUUGUUAAAUAUAUAUUAUAUAUAUCUGUGUGAUUUUGCUAAAAGGUACCUGCUAAGUUUUCGCUUGAACGCGGGCAUCGCCCGUGUUCAAGCCAGUGUAGCCCGGAAAAAACCAGGAGGCUUGCCGUCUUUCUAGGUGUCAGCUGAAAGCCCAGGCCCAGACCUAUCCGUGGGUGGGUGGCUUCCUGGUUUUGUGUGAAAACAAGGGGGGUAGGGAGGGGAGAUUUUGUCACUUUGGUUAGAGUUUUAUGUCAGAAAGCAGUGCAAAGUCAUAGAAUUUUUCCUGUGGCCUAGGCCAUUCAAAUCAAAACGGUGAUUCAUAAUCAUAACACUACUAGCAGAGCUUGGGGGAAGUGAUUGACUAGUCAUAAGGUUCAUGGAUGGGGAGGGUGAGUAAUGGCUCCUUGGACUUGGCCGUCUAGAGACUCAGUACAGGCACCUUGUAUGAAAUCCAGACAGAUAUCAAGUGCUUAUCUGAGCCCAGUGGGGAAUUUAAUUGCCUGGGAAUGCGAAUGCUAGCAAAUGUUGUCAGAACCUAAGAGAUUGUGAUUGGGCUAGAGAUAUCUAAGAUGCCUGCUAAGUUUUCGUUUGAAAAGCCAGUGUAGCCAGUGUAGCCGGAAAAAAACCAGGGGGCUUGCUGUCUUGCUAGGUGUCAGCUGAGAGCCCAGGCCCAGACCUAUCCGUGGGUGGGUGGCUGACUUGUCUUGUGUGAAAACCAGGGGUUUAGGGAGGGGAGAUUUUGUCACUUUGAUUAGAGUUUCAUGUCAGAAAGCAAUGCAAAGUCAGGGAAUUUUUCCUCUGGGCUAGGCCAGCCAAAUCAAUUCGGUGACUCAUAAUCAUUACAGUACUAGCGGAGCUUGGGGGAAGUGAUUGACUAGUCAUAAGCUUCAUGGGUGGGGAGGGUGAGUAGUUGCUGCUUGAACUCGGCUGUCUAGAGACUCAGUACAGGUACCUUGUAUGAAAUCCACACAGAUAUAUAUGUAAUAUAUCAAAGAUGAGAUGCAGUGUUUCAUCACCAGAUGAAACACCGAGAAGAGAGUUGAAAAUACGACGCGCAGCGGAGUAUUUUUGAGGAACUUCGAGGUGUUUCAUCUGGUGAUGAAACACUGUGUCGAAUGUUUGAUAUUUCUUCUCAAACAAAAUCAUUUUUGAAGGAGAAAUUAAAGAUGUAAAUACUAAGCAGUGUUUCAUCCGAUUUCCAAACACUCAUUAAACAUUAAUUUCCUUUGUAUGUUCUUAAUGAAUGAUUAAUGAGUUUGAGAAAUAUAUUUAUAAUACAUCGGCACUAGAAAGUCGAGGACGCGGGUUCAAAUCCCGUUCAAGGCAAUUUUUAGAGUUUCACUUGUGUUCAUUUAUUUAUUUCUUUCACCGGUUUCGGUUCAUUUGUGUUAUAGAUAUAUAUAUAUUUCUUUCUUUCUUUCUUUCUUUCUUUCACCGGUUUCGGUAAAUGAAUAUAUAUAUAUAUUUUGGCGGGGGGGGGGGGGGGGGGAGAAGGGGAGUGGUGGGUUGUGGAAAUGUCCCUGUUAAGAAUAAUGCCAAUGGUAUCUUUUUUCUAAAGACUAUAUGUAUAAACCAAUACGUGAACUACUCAAAUCCUGAGUGCAUGGGUGUUUAAUACAAAUCUGUUUAGAAGGCCACCGAAAAGGUGACCCACUCGUCAGUUAAACUCCAUUUUUACACUGAAGCGUUAGGAUCUACAUCAACAAUAUGAUCGCGUGAUAUAUAUCUAUUCCAUUCCACCAAUUACGAGCAGCUAUACACUCAAUCUGGAAAGAAUGUGUAAUUAUAAUCUAAUAAAAUAACUAAUAACUUCCCAAAAUAUUAAAACACUACAUCGUGCAGUCAGCAGCCUAAUGAGCCCCCCCCCCACCCCCAUGGGGGUCUUGUUUAAAUUCAAUCCAGUUUGACUGAAGUAAACUUUCUAAAAAACAGUUACAGCAAUGCAGCUACUUAUCUUUUUUUAACAUUUAUCCCAGCCCUGCUUUAACUCAGAAAAUUGUAUAAUGUUGAUUUAAUGCUAGUUAUUAUGGUGAGGCAAUUUGUCACUUGACUAUUCCAGGGGGAACUCCCUUAUAUAAACAGAAACAGGUAUGUGCGGCCCUAAAGGGUCUGGUUUUUGUGGUGUUUUAGUCUGAAAACAGGUAUAGACUUUUCCCAUUUUGGUCUGGAAACAAUGGUUUUGAGGAAACUACAGGAGUGAUAAACGUAUUUGUUGUUUUAAUUCCAAGUGAAUUAGAAAGAAAGAGUAAUAUGCAAAUUUCAAAUGGAUUUUAAGAAAUCUUUUUGCUGGCCUUCUAAUCUAAGUAAUGAUUAUGUAAUUUAUACGUUCGUGAACAUGUAUGUUGCAUUUUGUGACCUACCCCAGGUCUGGAAACGCGUAUGGAUGUUAGAAGGCCAGUUGUGAAAACAGGUGUGGUAAAUGACAUUUUGUGGUCUGAAAUAGGGUCAGAAUAUGGGGAACUGGGUGGCACACCCCACCAAGAAUUCCCAGGAGUACCCGCUGGGCUACAUCGUGGUUGCCAAAUGAAUAUUUUUUGUUUAUUUACAGCUAACAAAAUAAUCAACAUGGCCUCCAGCACAACUUCAUAUGCAUCCACCAAGGAGACAACAAAUUUUGCUCGUCUGUGUCGUCUUAUUGUGGAUGUAGGAUCCCACGCAUUAAGAAACGUCUUUGAUAGUAUUCACCCACCGGCAGGCCUACAUGGAGUUCUUACAAAGCCACCUGCACACCCAAUACUGCAUUCACUUAGAAGGAAGAGAGUUCUCAAUCCCACUCAAUGGGCCAAGCUGUAUCCCGCUUCACCUUUAUCCGUAUGUUCGAAAGAUUUUGAUAUCACACUACUCAUGUUGCUCCUAAGGAAUAUAUGUGGCUUGAUUCCUCCAGCAACGGGUUGGGAUAAUCUCGCACCUGCUGCAGAUACGAGUGCUGAAGCCAACAUAGCUAGGGUUAAGUAUUAUAGGAACCAUGUCUAUGGAAAUGCCAGCCAGGCAUCUGUGGAUGAUGCAACAUUUAAUACCUAUUGGCAGGAUAUAAGUAAUGCAUUGGUAGGACUGGGUGCAGAUGCUGCCGCUAUCAAUACACUCAAAACACAGAGCAUGGAUCCUGUCAUUGAGAAACACUACCAAGAAUUACUGAGGGAGUGUAAGAAAGAUGAUGAUAGCAGCAAAGACGGCCUUGAUGAGAUUGAAGGUAACUUGAAAAGUCAAUUAUUAUUGUGGAUUGAAGAAAUAACAAUAAGCUUGUGACACUGGAAAUUCAAUUGGGAAUGCUAGUAACGUUUUUGGCCAUGAUUGUAGUUGGCUUAUCCGGAAAAAAUGACCGCUUGCUAUAAGUUUCGUCCUUUUUUCCAAGUGAUGACCUUGUAGAGUCAUAAAAGAAAGCGGUGUUUUGUAGGGACCACGAAAAAGGUAAUAUAUAAAUAAAUACUUAAUGCCCCCCCUCCCCCGCGCUUCUCUUCCCACAAUGGAAUACGGGUUUGUUAGAUUUUCCUUUAUCAGGGGUUGGCAGGUCUGAUAAAGAAAUGGUAGAAGUGAGGGUGUAAGGCGUGAAUCGUUUGAGUUAAGAGAAUACAUGGUAAGAAAGAGUGUUAGUAACUUCAUGACCUGCGAUACAUUCCCUAUUUUAGUAGGCUGUAAUGACAUUGGCAGAAAACCAAAGACCAAGUUAAGCCUGAAUUUCAGCUGUCCCUUCGAGUUAGCUUGAGCUGAAAUUUAGGCUUCCCUAGACCCUCCUGCAAAAGGAAAAAAAUGACGAUUUUUAAUAAAAGUGGUGAUGGUGGUGAUAUUUUGUAGCUUUACUCCCUCCCCCCCCCAGAAACUCUUGUACCGUCGUGGUAUUCUUAUCAACACUUGCUUGAUAAUCAUUCCAUUUAACGUAGACUUUUACCUCUGAUGCCCCCCCUGGACUGAUCAAUGGGUUUUUGAUUCUGAUAACAAACAGAGCUACUAAAGCACGUGGAAGGAGAAAGGAAAAUCAUAGAAAGUUUGACGGAUCAUGAAGGGGAAGAAAAGCAAGAAAAAGGUAUUUUUAUCACUUUGUGAUGAAACCUUGGUUGUAUUCUACAGGACCCUUGAUAUACAUGCUCUGCCUUGCCCAACUUACAACCAGCUUAGACCCAUCAAUGGGACUGUUGCAGUUUUUUCCCUCUGGUGUUUAAAAGUGUUGAGCCUUUGUAUAUUUUUUUUUCGAAAAGAUUCUCAAUUAGUUCUAACCACCAAGAAAAACAGUGAGUAAACGUAGGGCAGUCGCUUGCCAAGAAGCAUGUACUUUCGAUGCAAGGGUAAAUUAAAACAAGCAUAAUUUCUAUUUUUUUCUGCCUGUGCAUGUAUGAGCGCUAUACUCGCCUUUCCUGUUGCAGUUUUUUCGGCUUUUUUCCUGUUUCCUGCACUUUUUUCUUUGCGAACACUUUUAAUUUAAAUUAAAAUGUAUUUUGAAAAAUACUAGUCUACUGCUAUUGUUUUAUCGUUACUUGUAAAAAAUUUCGAAUUAAUAGAAACCCUCUGAAACCCAUCCUACAAUGAUAAUACAAUCACACCCCUGGGCAAUCGGAUGAAAUGGUGCAGAGAUUAAGGUUUAAAAUAGAAAACAAAAACGAAAGGUAACCAAAGGUUCGCAGAUUCUAGUAUUUCUGUUGUAUAGCGUUAAUCAAAGAAAAUUGUAAGAGAUUAAAACUAGCUGUGCCUCACAUGGAAUUGCAUUCAGGGGCCAUGUGGCAGGUUAGCUUCAAAAAUAAACUGCAAUCAUCCCUACGUAGGUUAAAUUUGGGAUCUAGAUUAGCAAAGAUCAAGUCAAGUGAAAAGAAGACAAACAAAGGAAAAGCCAACUAAAAGGGAGAUGAUCAAAAGCUAUACAACCGCUGCUAAAAGAUAUUGAAUGGCCUGAUCAGUUAAGCACAAAAAGAAAAGGGAUUGCAUGUCAGCUUGCCUUGAAGAAAGGUCCAAAUACUUUACAUUCAGUGAAAUACAAAUCUCUCCAAAAGAGGAAAUGGAAGUUAGCUCACUGUUUUUAAUUAUCAAGGCCAAAUUACCAGCUAGAGCAUUGCAUCACCAAGAGAAGAAAAAUGAAUAUAAUAUUAAUUUUUUAUACAUCAGGCCAAAAUUUACCUUGGUUCAGGUUUAUUUUCCUUUUACCAAGGAAUGGUAAGGAUUAUGAAAAUGAGUUUUGAUAAGAGAAAAAUAUAAUUUGAAAUCAGUGCCACUUUGCCUACUCCACAGAGAGCUUCAGGUUCUGUACUGAAGAGUAUGUGGUCUUUUGACUCGAACAAGCAUAUUCUCAACUAGCUACCGAUUGUGGUUUAAUAGAAGGAACGCUUUCUACAGACACUGUAGUCCCACGAUCGAUAUCGUUUAAUGACACCGCAAUCGUAAGAAAUUUCUAUGCUAAGAAAUUCCAUCCUUUAUGUAAAUCAAAGAAGCUUUCUAAAGAUUUUCCGCUAACUUGAUGGAAAUUUGCAUAUGAUCACUUUUGAUUAUAGAACCAUGCUCCACCUGUAGUCAGGUAUAUCAUUCUGAUUGCAGCGUAACUGCAGACCCAACGAACCAAAUAUUAAUCAUCAUUUUCACUCCUUCUAAGCUGCGAUAGUUAAUUAUUUAAAUCUUGGAACAUAGAAGCGGUCAAGCGGAGGACUUGAUCAUAACUUUAAAACUUUGAAAGUGAGAAAGGUGUUUUUUUAUGAUAAUGAUGGUUGUGAUGAUGAUAACAAUAAUGAUGACAAUGAUGAUGAUGAUGGUUGUGAUGAGAAUGAAAAGAAUCUGUAACAAUAUUGAUAAAAGCAAGAUAAAAGUAAAGGUGGUAAUGAUAAUGUAGGUAGAGGUGGUUACUGCACAACAAAGAGUUUAGUGCAUUAAUAAUAAAAGGGUCCCCACAAUCAGCGAGCCAUGCGGGCCAUCGGGAAAAAUCGAGUUUUAUGGCAUUGUAAAUGCAUGAAAAAUGUGUCCUGCUUAUAAGUUCCGAGGUUUUGCUGAUGGAAUAUUUGCAGAAUUACGCAGUAUUGAUCGACUUUCACUGAUUAGGUUUAAGAGCUCAUUUUACUGACUAGGGUUAAGCACUCGCUUUAUGGAUUAGGGGUAAGCGCUGUUUAGGGUUAAGAAUGUUUUUUACAGAUUAGGGUUAAGCGCAUUUUGGCGUUUAACACUCAUUUACAACGGUUAGCUUGCGGUUAUUAUUUGGGCGUGGCCCAAAUAGAGUAAUGGAAACGGCUUGUUUUGACGCAAAUGUGCAAAGGCACGCAAUACGUGCUAACGUAAACAAGGCAAGUAAACAAGCGAAGCGAGGCGAAUGUCUGCCAUGCGAACGUCUUGUACCCGGGGUCUUGUACAAGGUAAGAGGCAUGUGGGAAAGAAAGCUCUCCUAGCACACGGCACUUAAUCGCACUUUUACGAUCUCAAAAGUUAAUUUGAAUCUUCAGUAUUUUUGCCUCAUCGAAAUUUGGAAGUCUGAAGUCCAGAGAUGAAAUCUAUCAAAAAUAUUUGGAAUAUUAACGUCGGGUUUUGGUCACAAUAAGAUCACAAGCAACGAACCUUGAAACACAGAAAGUAAAAAAACGGAUCGAAAUCCACCAAUCACAAAUCAUAAACAAUGACCUUUUGGACCCGUUGAAGAAAACUUUCGUUUCCUAAGAGGUCCGCUAAGAUGAUUGACGUCUGCCAUUUUUUUGACGAGAGGAUCGAAAUGCACCAAUCACAGAAAGACAGUUUUAAUUGCAUGUUUCCUAAGAGGUCAUCUGAAUUUGCUGUUUUCUUUAUUUUAUGUCCAUUUUCUUUUCCUUAUUUUGUGAUUGGUCGAUUUUGUUAGGUCGAGUGGAUAAUCCAAUGAGGGACGAUUUGGAUAUCGUUUGAUCCGAAAUUUUUCGAAGCAGCAGUAAAAAGCAGUUUGGAUAACAUUUGGCCGCGGCGUUUCGAGGAACGUGUUAAUUCAAUCAUGUUAUCCCGGGUUAAACUUACAACUGCACACACUGUUCGCGGUAGGCCCACACUAAAAUAUAACCCUGAGUGUUUUCGGAAUGGGCUGGUCCGCGAACUCAAAGAAAAACAAAGGAAAUUAUCAAGACAUUCAAUGACAUCAAAGACUCAUGGACCCCAGAGACGUAAUAACAAAUCGGAAUAUCAGUAGUGUACGUGUCAAAUGGGUAAGAGUUUGAACAGAGGAAUGUUGAACAAGUUUGAGAGUCGCAAGAUUUGUGUAGCUGGUUAUUAGUGUGACAAUAGUGAUUUUGAUCUUUGCAUUGCGGAACACAGCGAGUUGUCUGUGAUAAAAAUCUGUUCCGAUGAAGGAAGAGACGAUUGUCAACAAUUGAAACCAAAAAGGACUGAGGCUUCUUUUGGAACUACGGUGAUAACUGCAACAAUUCUUUUUAUUAUUUCAAUUUUGUUUAGCAGGGUGACGGUUAAUGAACUUUUUUUUGUAUUGCGUGUUGUGUUUUUUCAUCUAAUUGUGUAUGUUGUGACGCGGUACAUGUAUGGUGCUGUGCGUCGAGAUUUUGCAUUAUCAGCAAGUUUUGUGUCGAGUGUUUUGAUGGCAGCGGGGUGACGACAAGAGAAGGUAAUGAGCUAGUUGUACAGAAGGAAACUUGUGUUGUGGAGGAAUAAAAAAAGGGGUUGAAUUUAGAUCUCGUCGUGGCAAAUUUAUUCAUAACAGAACUUACAAUUUCAUUGGUUUAAAUCAGGUUAGUCAAUUAUAUUUCGGCAUGACAAAUUACCAUAAAAUCGAGAUUGUAAUUCGAAACUCGCGUUGCUUUCAAAAUUUGCAUAAAUCGGGCGCUGCAAAGAAGUAUUUAGGUUACAAGCGCUUCGAAAUACUGUACCUUCAGAACGGCAUAGCUUUUACUUGUGGUAUAUUUUUCAAAACUAUCGAUCGAUUCUAGCUCAUAAACUCUCAAAGCAGCGGUUUAAAUGUUAAAGCCCGUGGCUGGUUGAAAUCGUCUCUUGUUUGCUUUCAAACGAUUUAGGAUGGAUCGAAUCGACUUUGGAUCGAUUAUUAUUUUAUCAGCUUGUGGUAUGAACGAAACGUUUUUCUUCUCAAUAAAGUUCACUCAACAAAUUUAGAAAGAUUUACUUGACUUUUCAUAUGUGGAACGAACUGUCUUUUUUGUGGAACGAACUGACUAUUUUAUGGAACGAUCUGACUAUUGAUUGGAACGAUCUGACUUGGAACGAUGUCAACGAUCUGACCAUGGAACGAAAUGUCCGGUUACCGUCAUGCCCCUAGCAGACUACCGAUGAGCAAAUUAAAAUCUUUGUUACAGAAAACACGGAAAGUGACACUUUUUGUAUGGAAGGGUAUUCGGAAAAAUACACCAUUGUCGUCUGAAAUUCAUUGUUACGUUAAAAAUAGAAAAGGUUUACACUUAAACAGGUACAGAAGUUAAACUGUAACAGUGUGAGGUUUUUACUUAAGGGGCAACUCCAAAACUAGCUCGUAAACGAGGGAAGGUGUAUCUGUCGUCUAAGCAUCAGAGCACAGGCGAUUUAGGUGGAAUGAGAUAUCCAAAUAGGCUUCUAAGUAAGAAUUUGCCCCUCUGUAAAAGUAAUUAUCCACCGGGUUAAUUUUGGCCAAUUUAAGCUUUGUACUGAUAUAGAGAAGAAUCCAGGACCUUCAGUUUAUGUAGAUGCUACAAAAACAAUUAAUGCUCCAUACUGUCAAGGAAAUGUUACAGGAUUUGGCGAAAAUGGUGGACAACGAUGUGUCGCAAUGAGUCUGUGCGCUUUAAUUAAUUUUACUGUAAGAUAACAAAGAUUACUUCAGUUGAUGAUAUGACUCAAAAAAUGAUUGUUGGUAUUCAAUUAUAUUCUAGUCUGUCACUGCUUGCAAGACAAUCUACGUUAAUGUUAACGGAAUUGCCAGGAAUGGUUACAGUGUUUGAGCAAUUUUUCCACCUCGAAUACAUGCAGUGACAGUUAUACUUGUGAUAUCCAUCACUACUGUAUAUGCCACUCACAGGUUACAGCAUUUGAAACACUAGCACUGAACUACAACUCAUUCAUUUUAACGGUGGCAAUUAUUGGUGCUGGUAUCUACAGCACUGAGGCAGGGGGAUAUAAUGUAUUUGAUUCUCAUGCUAGAGAUAUGUAUCAUAACAGUCAUAGUGAAGGGACAUGUGUAUUGUUGGAAAUACCAUCCAUGCAUAAAUUAGUACAACAUUUUCAGAUUCUACAUAGGAAUGAGGAUAUAUAUGAACUUAAAGGUGUCCAUAUUGCCACCUUUGAACCUCAUCUUUUCUCAAGCAAUGUUGAACAUUAAUUGUAGUAUAUCAAACGUUAAUAGUUACCAAUGUUCCUGUAAACAGUGUUACCCUAUAGCAGUUUAUGCAAUGUGUUACUCUCUUAUUAAUCCUUGUGGAUACUGCACUUAAGGAACUUUAUUUGCCCUUGUUAGUAACCGGAAUACACCGUACAAAGUGAUGGGUGUGAAAACACAUCUGUCAGUAUCAGUGGAGCUGAGAUAAACCUUACUCUCUGGGCCGUAACCACUUAUGUCCUACGUUGCAAUUUGGCUCCAAGCAUGUCUGCAUUGAAGAUGUGCAUAUUUUCAAACAUUGUCGUGAAAUGACAUUAUUUUUGUUGUGGAUUGGGACAUACUGUAUAAGCUGUGUGGUUCAGCAAACAAGUGGAGUGAAGGAUUUGUCUUCUCUGGUAAGAUAUGAUGACAGUUCUUUAGCCGCAAUAAGGCAUGUUGAAAGUAUCAUACCCUUAGUCCUACCACGCCCAAAUAUACGCUUACACAGCGUCUUGUUUUUUUCCGUAUUACUGCUUUUUCGAUUUUUUUCGAUUUUUUUUUUUUCGCAUGGCUCGCACUGUGUCCUAACUCGUAAUAAAAAACAUCCUUCAUUGAACUAGAAAAUAAGGAACUUGUGCAGUGGUUUAUCUACCUUACAAAUACCUAAUCUUUCAAUGGUACCUCGAAUUGUAAAGCGACGUUGACGUUCACAUGAGAAAGUUAGUAACAAGUUUCUAGAAUAUUCAGUUGCACAUGUAAUCGGAUACUUCGACUGUGUCGAGUCUGAAUUCCUAAGGUCAGAACACGCACAGCUUCGGGCAAGGAUCUAGCUCCGUUAAAAGCGUGAGUGCUAUAGAGAUGCCAAAAAGUUACCGAAGAAAUGCUGAAGAAAUACGAAAUACUUUUUAAAACCGACAUUAUAUGCCAAAAAGCAGAUGCCAAAAACCAAAUGCUAAAUAAUGUAAACAUUAUCUAUCAAGUAACCGAAGUGCCGCUGUUUCUUGUUUGAUGAAAGUGAGGCAUUAGAUUAUUUCUGCGGCGCUAUUAAAUCGUGAGUUAUGAUAAGCUUAUGAUCACUGUAGACAAAAGACACGCUAUGUUAUGAAAGCAAUAGACCACACUUUCUAUGGGUUUACCAACGUGAUAACCUACGCGGGUUGUACGGAGAACACGACCUUAACACACACGUUCCUCAUUUGACAAUUCUGACCAACCCCACUAGAGUUACACGAUAAACCUGACAUUAUGGAGAAAAAUCUGUCAAUUUCCUUGUUUACCUACUACUCAUUCCAGAUAAAAAUUUCCCCCUUUCCUGGAAGAUAGCCAGCCACAAUUCAUUGGGAAAGAAACACAAUGAGCAUAAAAGCUGUAAUAUAAGAAAGAAAGGCCAAGAGAAAAAAGCGAGAAAGAAAGGUCGAAAUAGAUUCGCAAAAAAAAGCUUAUGCGCGUGCGCAAAAAACAAGCAAGUUAACUCUAUCAAAUCCGCAGGAAAAUAAAUAUGCCCUCAGUGUUUCUUUUAUCUCGAUUUUCAUGCUUAUUGGCCAAAAACCCACCCCAAAGUGGAUUUGGUUAAAAAAAAAAUGCCUUUUUCGGUACUAGCUGGCGGUCGCUUAAGGGUCGCAAUUUCGGUAUGGUAUAAUCUGGGAAUAUAUCACAACAUUGACUAGAAUAGAUUAUUAGUCGACAACGGAAGGUUUUAAUUUUCUUCAGCUAAAUUUUCUUAAUGUCCCCAAGCAUGAAAUAUCAAUGCAUCUCUGUGUUAGAGUUCUGCACCAUGGGAAGAUUUAUGAGUUUCGUUGGUGGUCUGUUUCGCAAAGUUAUGCCCGGUCGGGCGAGGUUGGACUAGAACUUGGAUGACUGGCUCCGAAUUAAAGCACCCAAAUUGUUAGAUAUUAUAUUUCCCGCUGUUUGUUGUCUCACUCUGCAUGUUUAUAAAACUGAGUGGCAAAAACCAGCAAGUUCGACAAUGCGUUCUUUCACAAGAACACAACGGUUUCAGAUUGAAACCAUGCACCAUUCAUUGGCUCCUGGAUCAUGCGUAAGUAUUCGUUUGAAGUGCCAUUAGGCUUCGCCUAGGUAAUGAAUUUAAAAUCGUCAAUGUGCAAUUUAACAUUUCCUGCGAACCCAACUCCCCCCUUCUAUUUUCAUGCUAAAGAUGUUAUAAUUAUUCGCAAAAUCCUUAAAUCUUCAGUUUGAUCUGAAAGGUAUCACUCAAAGAAAAAAGUUUGUAAUAUUAACCUUAAUCUUAAGUAAUCGAAUUUAGCUCGUAGCAAUAGACUAUUACUUGAUACAGGUGUUUUAUUUUACAUCAUUAGCUCCGUCAGAGAUUCUUGCCAGAGGGAGGCUAGCGAUUGAAGCCUACGGAAGAGCUCUUUUGGAAGGAAAAGGUUUCGCAAGAAGAGUUCCCGUCAUGAUAAUUGGGCAGGCCCGGACAGGGAAAACCAGUCUGAAGAGGUGGUUAAAAGGGGAAUUGUUCAAUCCAAAUGAAGGAAGCACGAAAGGGAUAGAGACAGAUCCGUCUUAUUUUAAAGUCUCGACAGACGUCUGGAGGACAGGCCAGAAAAGCGAAGAUACCGAAUCAGAGCCAACGUUUUUGUUAGACCACCAGGUAGCCCAGAAGAUAUGUGAAAGCUUAAGGAAAGGAGACCGUUUCGGGGAUCCUAGUACUAGCGGGGCCAAGCCAUCAGUUAACGAUUCCAGAAUAGUCAAGCAAAUAGAAGCGAAUUCUUUGCCUACUGAACGUUCAGGGGAAUCUAGCAGUAUCAGGAUUAAGCAUUCACUUCAAGACUCCAAAGCAGUCGAGAAAGCCAAACCCUAUUCAUUGCGUACAGAAGAUCUGAGCAGUAGCAGAACCGAGCUAUCACUUCAGGCCUCCAAUGUACCUGAGAAAGCCCAAACCAGUUCAUCACGUGCAGAACAGUGCGGGAGUGAUCCAACACUUCAAGACUCCAAAGAUCAUCUGUCUGUACCAGAAUUACCAGAAAACGUAGCAGCAUUGGUUCAAAAUUUGCUUGAACAAAGCAAAGAGUUUGAGGACGAAGACAACAUAUAUUCCAUCAUUUGGGAUUUUGGAGGACAGUCUGUUUACUACGCCACACAUCCAAUUUUUCUGACAAAACAAGCCAUCUACAUUUUAGCAUGUGAUCUAAGUCGUGAUCCAGACCAGAAAGCCAAAGCUCCUACGAAAAAAGGCAUAUUUGAAAAUAAAUUAGACACUCAAUGCAAAAAAACAAAUGGCGACUAUCUUGACUUCUGGAUGACAUCAGUUUAUUCUUUGGUUAGUCCAAGCACCAACCGUCAGGAAACCCUGUCACCUGAAAUGUUGCCUGCAGUAUUCUUGGCGUGUACGCAUGCUGACAUGCCUUACAAAAAAGAGGCUAACCCAAAAGAACUUGCCGAAAAAAUCUUUGCCACUUUAAAAGACAAGAUUUAUGGUGAUCUUCUAAAAGACGUGUUUGUUGUAGACAACACAAAGUCAGGUAGUAAUGAUGAGUGCCAAGACGUGAAAAAUCUGAGAGAAACAGUACUUUCUGUUGCCAAGGAGCUUCCACAGAUUAAAAAGGCCGUUCCUCUAAAGUGGUUAAAGUAUGAAAAGGUUCUCCGUCUGUUGAGCGAGAAAGGCUAUAGGUGGAUACCCAUCGAGCACGCCAGACAGAUUGCCUCUGAUGAGUGUGGAAUUGAUGACGAUCAACAGUUUCGAACACUGCUUAACUUUUUACACGAUCAGAGAAUUUUGAUUCACUUUAGCGAAACAACAAAUUUGGAAAAAAUGGUUAUUUUGAGCCCACAGUGGCUCAUUGACAUCUUCAAGGAGGUGAUUACUGUCAAACAUUUCAAGCAAACGGAUAAAAGAGUUGCGAGAUUAUGGCGUGAUUUUGAAAAGACUGGAAUCUUGGAUGAAACACUUUUAAAUCAUGUGUGGAGACCCUUGUCUGAUAAUCGAGAAACCUACGAGAGCCUCAUUGCUAUAAUGGAGAAAUUUAGCCUACUUUGUGCAUGGCCCUCAGACGGGACCACUCAGAAGUACCUUGUGCCAUCCAUGUUAAUGUCUCCCCCAACAGAUGAUGUCCUUAAGCACCUUGAUUGUGUACGGACCCCUUCACUUUUUGUGGUGUUUGAAUCAGGCAGAGUUCCUCCAGGCUUGUUCUCGCGACUUGUACUGCAGUUUCAUUGGUUGUGUCAAACAGAGUGGAAGGGCGACAUAAAUCCUGAUUUGUUCAAUAAUUUUGCUAUGUUUCACAUUCUUCCUGAUCGUGCAAUUUCUGUAGUAUUUAUGUUGCAUUCCUCGUCUAUCGAAAUAGUUUUUCACGAUGGAAAGGAUGCUUGUGAUCUGAAUACAAGUCGAACCAUUUAUUCGCAACUGAAAUGUCUUCUUCAACAUAUUUGCAAGGAGUUCUUCUGGUUGAAGCACGCGAAGUACAAAAUGUGCGUUUGCUGUCCGGUAUGUUCUCAAGAAGACGGUGUCAAGUGCCGUGAUCAUGGCAGGCGUGGUUGCGAGUGCGUGCACUUUUUGUCGGAGUCAGAGUUGCGUGAGCGGCAACAUUGCAACGAAUCUGGCAUUUUUGGGGAUCGCACAAUUACCAUCACGAUGUUUGAACAUUGGUUUUGUUUCUCGGAUUCUCAGCAAAGCAACAUUCCUCUCACUCAGGUUAGUUCUUAAAUUCGCUUUUCCAAAACACGAUCCCGUUGGCUCAUUCGCCAAGAAACUUUAGGUACAAGCUUUGGUGACAAUGGUUUCUGGAAUAGUUUGGGUGGAUAAACGUUAGUGGGUGUUUCUCAAAUAGGCCAUUUGCACGAUGUCGUCAUUUUACUACUACUACUACUACUACUACUACUACCACUACCACUACCACUACCACUACCACUACCACUACCACUACCACUACCACUACCACUACCACUACCACUACCACUACCACUACCACCACUUCAGGGUUUUUCUUUCUUGUGUAAUUUUGCUUUCUUGUGUAAAUAAGGGCUUCUGUUAUUUAAACCUCGCUGGGAUUACCAAAUUUAAAUAUCAUAGAAAGAACGAAAAUUAAUGAAUUCUGGUCUUAGUGAUAAAAAGAUGUCGUCGUGCAAAUGGCUUAUUGGUUGAGCAUUCAUAACUAAUACUUCCACCCAAAUGAGUCCAGUCUCCCCUUAAAUUCCCUAAAAUAAACUUACCAAUAAGAAUUCGAGGGUGGUAUUGAAUAACGUUCCACUGAAGUCCGGUCUUUUGAAGGUGAUGUUAUGACUGGAAGUCACCUUUAAAAGAUCCCAAAGCACUCCAGGUUAAGAUACAUCGAGGUGCGAUUCUGAAUGGACUCGUAGAAGUGAUUGAUAGCCCCAAGCAUUGUAAUGCUCUCAUCGAACCAUUCCCAGAAGCAGUUGCUUUGGAAGAAGAGGGUGAAGGUGAGUUUUUGGCAAUAGUGAACUUUUGGUGACUUUGGCCAUCAGACCACAGUUGGCAGGAUGACUCCAAGUCAGUGAAUUGAAAUAAAUGCCCAACUCCUUUAAAUUCCUUGGUAGCAGAAUACCUUUCAGUUAAUUAUUCUAUGAAUAUAUUAAUUAAAUGGAAACUACAGGAUCGUUCAGACUGGAUCACUAUUUAUUAUAUGCUUUCAUUGGCCUUUGAAACUGAUCCUAAGGCCCCAUUAACAUUGACAUUAUUCUUUAAAUUUGUAAUAAUAACAGUAGUGACGAUGAUAAUAGUAUUAAUGAUUAAUAAUAAUAGUAAUUUUUUAUUAUUAUUAUUAUUAUUAUUAUUGUUUGGUAUUUCGUAAUGGAUGCUUGGCUGGAGGUGCAUUACCGAAUCCUUAAUUAAUAUUUCCUAUGAUUUAAAGUCAUUUCCUGUAUCUGUAUUUACAGCAGAAAGAUGUGACUCAACGUGACAACAAUGAAAAACACCGCAUAGCUCCUAUGAAAGGUAAGCCCCCCCCCCCUCCCCUCCCCAUUUAUUGUGGUUGCUCUUUUCUUGGCAAACAGGAAAAGUUGUUGGGCAUGUGAUUAACUUUCUGAAAACACGAAAACAGUUCUCUUUUAGAAAAUUUUGUUAGCAGGAAUUGAAAGAGCAUAUUAAAAUUAGGUCACCUGUAAAUUUUCAGUCGUAUAUCUCGAAAGUAGCGAUUACUUUCGCCACCGAAAAUUAGAAGGAUUUGUCAAGAAAAACAAGUCUUGCCACCCUGUCAUGCUUGAGUGGUUUUCCAUACAAAUCCUUGUCAAUUUGGAAAAUUUUAAACUGUCUUAACUCUUUCCCAUACGCAUUUUAAGGCUCAAAUUGUCUGUUAAAAAAGAAUAAGAAAAUUUGAGUAAGGCCUACUUUUGACAGAGAGUUAGUAUUAACCUCUGCAAUCUGUUUUGUAUUAUUUUGUGUUUUAAAUCUAUCUUGCAAGUAGAUCAGAUUUCAUGUCGUUCAUUUUCUGCAUGAAUUUUUGAUACCUGUAGUUUGUAAAUCACCGUUACUGUCUCCGUGUCCAGUCUUUUAUAUCUGAAUCGAUGAGAUCCUUAUAAAAGUACCUAAAUAUGUAUUUUCCACUUGCUAGCAUUCCUUUAAUAUCCUUUUUGUUUUGCUGCCGCUUUGACUAAUAACUCUUGAAUGUAAUUUUUCUAUUUAAUGCUAUUUUGAAAAGAGCCCUCUUUGUGAGUUUUAAUUUGCAUUUAUUUAUUUAUUUGCACGACUUUUACAGAACAAAAACAGAUACGAUGGGAAGGGUCAAACAACAGAGCGACGAUCCAUUAGACCCUUCCUCGGUUUUUUCAACUUUUUCGUGACUGUAAGGAAAAAUCCGUCGACACCGCUGGAAAGAUGGCCUUAAAAUUAGCAAAAUUGUCAAGUCUUGAAGUGAUGCGUCGUAAGCGAGUGAUGAUACAGCUCCGCAAGGUUGUGAAAAUUUACAGACGUUUGCAUGGUGGGGGGAGGGGGGGAGUUCCUGCCCUCCACUAUAUAAACUUCUGUAAAAGAAGAAGAAGCUACAUCUUCAUUAGUUUUCAACAAAUCACUUUCAAACUUGGCAAUUUUGCUAAUUUAAAGGCGCUCUUUACAGCGCAGUUGACGAAUUUUCCCAAACGUGUCCACGUCAAAAAUUAAAAAACGUGGAAAGGUUUAUUAAAGUGCGCCCUUGAGAACUAUUAACACCCCUCUCGACAUUGUUGUAAGAUCUUGGGAAGAAUUUUAAAAAAAACUGUCUAAAUUUUGUCAUAACCGGAGAUCAUGUCGAAUCCUGGCAGCUCUUUCUUGGUGCCUGGAUUUUUUUUUAAACGUGCGGAAUGACAAUAUAGUCUGAACUCAACUUAACUUUGUCACAAAAUCACCAUAACAUUUUUUUGUCUCCAAAUGUUGAACCCGUUAGACGUGAAUAAUCUUUCUUAACUAUUGUCCAAUUCGUCCAUACGCAAUGUAGCUAAUAAACAUGUCUUUCCGAUAAAUGCGAUUAUUUAUUCGUAAGGGCUGAAAGAAAAUUUUGACUGUUUAUUUAGUAACAACAUGGUCAUUAAUCAUUCCAACAAUAUUCAUUGUUUUUUUUUUACAGAAACUACAUCGGAAAGAUCUACCCCUGUUCCACCAGAAGUCAUCAUUAACCUGCUUAAGAAGCAGGAUCUUCCCCAAAGUGUGACACAUCUUGAUGAUUGCCAACUGCCAGUCGACAUUUUGUUACUGACAGUCGAGGAUUGUGAAUUUCUAAGCUGUCUGUCAUAUCUGAAUCCUGGUUUCUGUAAGACGUUUCACAGAGAUCUUGGCUUUGUGUACCUCGGAGAUAUGGGAAAAGAUGAAAGGAAGUUGAACAUUGCUGUAAUGAGCUGCCACAGGGGUGCCGUCACUCCAGGAGGUUCUGUGGUUGUUGUAUUAAAAGCUGUCAACGUCUUAAGGCCCAAAGCAGUGUUCUGUGUAGGUUCCUGUAGGAGCUUAGGCUACGACAAAGUUAAACUUGGAGACAUAGUAAUGUUUGAGAAGUUAAUCACAUCUGGCCCGUGCAGAAUCACGGAGGGUGGCAUUGAAGAACGCGGUGUGAAAGUCCCACUUAAGUCCCGUCUUUUGAAGGUGAUACCAAGGGCUGGUGAUGGCUGGAAGCCGCCUUUAAAAGAUCCAAAAGCAGCCGAGGUCAAGAUACACCGUGGCACGAUUCUGAGUGGGCCCACAGAAGUAAUUGAUAGCCCCAAGUAUUGUAAGGCACUCAUCGAUCGAUUCCCAGAAGCAGUUGCUAUGGAGGAAGAGGGUGAAGGUGAGUUUUUGGCAAUAGUGAACUUUAAUGACCUUGGACAUAAGACCACAGUGGGCAGGAUGACUCCAAGUCAGUGAAUUGAAAUAAAUGCCCAAAUCCUUUAAAUUCCUUGUUAGCAGAAUACCUUUAAGUGGAUUAUUCUAUGAAUAGAUUAAUGAAAUGGAAACUACAGGAUCGUUCAGACUGGAUCACUAUUUAUUUUUUUAUUAUAUGCUCAGUUCAUCGGCCUGUGCUUAUUGAUGCCUUGCCCUUGCAAUCAAGCCAGUUAAAUUACGAAUUGUCAAAGUUUGUUUUAACUAUCUCUCACAAUCCUUUCCAGCUGCCUUUUCUUGGCUUUUCGUGCAUUUACAGUGUUUCAGUCAUAAUUACUUCACUUCUUCAUGUAUGACUGAUCUUUACUCUAGGCGUGUUUGCUGCGGCUCACGACCUCGACAUUGAGUGGAUCGUCAUUAAAGGGAUUUCGGAUUACGCAGGUGGCAGCAAAUCCAAGGAGUCGUCUUGGAGGCCAUUUGCGAGUUUAAUGGCAGCUUCUGUUACAGCUCAUAUUCUCAGCGAUGCCAUCAUUUUUCAAGACUGGCCUCACUUUGAGAGCACAAGUAAGUACUGGACAGUUAGAAAGCGUCCAUUGCUUACCAAUGCCUGUUUCUUCUUUUACUCUUUUUUACUCUAUCCACUGUAAAUCGUAAUUUUUGCAGUUGCAAACUGUCGAUGAAAAAUUGAACAAUCCGCUUGCAAAUCAGUACACUUGUGAAUCAAGGUAUCUGUCUGUGGUACAUUAAGUUAAUGUUGUGGUUCCUACACUGUAUUACCAAUGGUAUUCAAUAGUUUUAACUAAGUGGUCAGAGUUACACUUCCUGAAAUUUUUUAGCCGGUUUGUGAUACCCGGCUUGAAAUUUCAGCCGAGACUAAACUAUUAUAGUCUUUUACUCAGGCGCCUCCGAUUAAAACUUGCUUGCAAAUCAGUACACUUGUGAAUCAAGGUAUCUGUCUGUGGUACAUUAAGUUAAUGUUGUGGUUCCUACACUCUAUUGCCAAUGGUAUUCAAUAGUUUUAACUAAGUGGUCAGAGUUACACUUCCUGAAAUUUUUUAGCCGGUUUGUGAUACCCGGCUUGAAAUUUCAGCCCAGACUAAACUAUACUCUUUUACACAGGCGCCUCCGAUUAAAACUACUGUAGCUAAAAUACUGACAACUCCGAUUCACUAAAACUCUCUUUAGUAAUCGAGUUAAUCGCAAUCGUCUUUGUGAAAGGAUUUGUCCCGGAAGCCGAGCUAAAAUGUGAGCCAGGCUAACCAGGAUGCAAUUUUUAAUGUAAUCGGCGCCUUAAGGGUGUAAUUGAUUUGACACAAACGUUGAUAUUUCCUUUACGAUAUGUAGGUGUUGGGAAAUGUAGAAACUGUGAAUCACGCAUGAAGAGGGAUGGCCAGAUACCUUGGGGUAAAUAUAAAGACAAUAAAUUUGUUGUCAUUUCUCUAAUUCGUUGGUACUUUUUUAAAGCCUCUUAAAUAAUCUCAUUUGUGGGUACAGGCUGUAGUGUAACUGACAUGUAAUACUCAAAGUGCUAGAGAUGACCUACAAACUCCAUUGGGAGUUAUUCCUAAUAAGUAGAGGCAAGUAACCACGCGAGGUCAAGAAAAGAAAACUUGAACCUCCGUGGGAAUCAAGCCCGCUCAGGUUUAAAGAUGCUUGUAUUUGUCUCGCGUUGAUCCCUGAUUCCUUUUACUAGGGCGAAUGCUCGAUUAAGGGUUUGUGGCCAUCUCUGGCAAUUCCACUUUCUUUUCAGAGUUUAAUUCUUUAUUCUAUAAUGAAGUGGUACAUCCUCUAUACAAUACAGCGAUUUCAAUUAAAGUUGUCGGAAGUAAAAAGACUGUAGGGUCAUUUGCAUGUAAUACGCAGCCGUAAAUCCCUUAAAAUUUGGUGAUAACUUCACGGUUGUCAGUACCAUAGAAUGAUAUAAAAACCUCACAAACGCUUGCCUUUGUCGUUUUAUGACAAAAGUGUCGUGCUUGGUGGCUGACUUUUGGAAUUUUUUAAAUGAAAUUUCCUUUGCUUCGUCUCGUCUCUUAGGCUUUCCAAAACUAUCCAUCGGUAGUGGCGGUCGUAUAAAAUUGUAAAUUGGGAUUUUUUUGCCACAAAGCACUUUGACGUUGUGAAAAACUUGUGCAGACGUACCCAUGCUUUCCACAUUGAAUGUUGAGUGUCGGUUUUUAAGGAGAGGGGAAAAUCGGAAAAACGGCAGAAGGAAUACGUCUUGGAGCAAGGGAGAGAGCCACUCACAUAUCGCGUCGACGCCAGGAUUUGAAGCCCGGGCCACAGCACUGGGGGGCGAUUGCUCUCACCACUGCGUCACCCUUUGCUUCCCCGGUCGUUUUUUUCACUGUUGCCGUAUUGACAUUUUGUGUUGAUGUCUAUUAAAAGUGAACUUACUGAAUGGGCGUUUUCAUUUUUCUUCAUUCAGUUUCAUGAAGAGAAAGUCAAGCAAAAAAAAAGAAAACAUAUUGGAGCAAUGCUUUGUGUUUUUCUCUCCUCUUUAAAGUCUCAACAACUUGUUUUGUUGUAUUAUUAUCUUCGUCAUUAUUAUUAUUAUUAUUAUUAUAAUCUUUAUUACAAAACCUCAAUUAAAAUCCUAUUUACAAUCAACCUGCUGUUACAAAAAAUCUAAUUAAUUCAUCAAAACACUAUCUACAAUUCCAUCCGUUACAAAAGUUAUUAUUAUUAUUAUUACUAGGGUAUCUAAAAGAUAGUAAUGCUGCGGCACAUUCUGUUGAUACUGGCAUUAGUUAGGUAGUGAGACUUAAAAGAGUCAAAAAUGACAUUGAAUGUCCUAUUUACAUGUUGGAAAGUACUAGAAUAAUUACUAUCAGUCUAUAGAAAAAACUCGUGGGAACGUUGUUUAGAAAAUGAUCAAGUGGUUAUCAACUCUGGUUUUCCCACAGUAAAUUGUAGGAAAUAAUAGAAAUUCAGAUAGUUUAUCCAUAUAUUUAAUAUACGGCGCACGAUAUUUUCUCUGGAAACACAAUACUUUUCUUGCUGUUUGUUGCACUUUAUUAAGUAACAGUUAUUUAGCUAUAUAUUUAUAGAAAACAACAACACAAAAAAUGGAAAAAAAGAAGAAGAAAGGAAUAAAUAAUUCAGUAGGAUUCGAACCCAGCACCUUCGCCUCGACACGACUACACCUAAGUACUACACCACAGAGACUGACUACAUAGUUUGUAGGAAAAGUCUUUCAUUUUAUUCCUUUUCCAUGAGACUUCCGCUGGCAAGAUGAUCGCCAGCCGCAUUAACCGAGCUAUUGACAGUGAAAAAACAAUGUAAACGCAUAUUCCAUGGCAAUAAAUGAAUGAAAGAACAUAAUUAUGCUUUUCAAAAUGCCGAUACACGUCCUCGUCUGCAAAAUAGGACACAAAACAUAUGCUUUGUUAUCUCGAUUUCCGCUGUUAUUUUGAAGCGAAUGGUCAAAAUCACAUCCAUUUUCGGCUCAUACAGUUUCUUAAGAAUAGCAUUGCAUGACAUUUUCUCACUUUCACAUCACCUUCUAGCAAGCUGGAAUUUAUAUAUCCCCUGUGUUGCGGAGUCGAAGAGCAAAUGCUCAUCUUCUCGUCAGGUUUAACACCUGGACGAGUCAAAAAGGCUCUUGAAUUGAAAUCCAAUCCCCAAAUUAACCAUCGUACUCAUCUGAAAGACUCCUGCGUGUCUUAAAAUUUGGUAAGACCUCUAACCGUGCUGUAGAAAAUUUGCCACAAAGAAAACUCUAAGUCUGAGCAGCGAACGAUCCACUCUCUCACUCACCGAACUUCCCCGUGUUUUUAUUUGAGUUGUUCGUGGCGCAAUGCACUCUGGUUAAAUGCAAUGCAUUGUGGUAAAAAGUGUGGUUAAAUGCAAUGCAUUGUGGUAAAAAGUGAUGAAUUCGAGCAUUCGUCGCCCCUUAUAUAUUUCCUUUAAAUCCUGAUUAUGUUGCUGCUCGCUCCCUUCGGUCGCUCCGCAGCAAUUAUUAUUAUUAUUAUUAUUAUUAUUAUUAUUACAUAAGCAAGCGAAUAUUAACGUUAAAAGCCGACGUUUCGGUAUCAUCAUGACACUAUUCUCAAGGCAAAAUGAAUAAGUAAUGCGAAGAUUUGAUUUCUAUAGUCUCUACAAAUUAGCAUAAUAACAAAGGAUCACAAGUUCUUCAAGUGAAUACCUUUGCGCGAAUCGAGUCCGCCUGCACGUUUAGGGAUGGUUUGAGUUUUAAUAAUAAUAAUAAUAAUCUAAUUAUCUUAGCGAACAUAACUCGGACGUACCACCUUUUCUUUCAGAACAAUUUCACGUGCUCACUAAAGGUUCUAACAAAUUUGAUUGCCUAAUUAAGGAGAUGCUCUUCAUAAGAAAACUCAAACCAUCCCUAAACGUGCAGGCGGACUCGAUUCGACUCGAUUAUUAUUAUUAUUAUUAUUAUUGUUAUUAUUAUUAUUUUCACUGUGAUAUGUAAACGUUACAACGAGUUGGUUUAAAGCAUGUAGGUUAUAUGUACCAGGUCAGUAAAAUAUUAUAUUUUUCUCUAUUUUUUCUUUUCUCCAUAAGGGAGGUGGUUUGGUGAAACGAAUAUCAAGGUAGUGAUUGCUGGACUGGUGUGUCUGAUUGCAGUUGUGUUGUUCUUCUAUUUUGGUUCCAACUAAAAGGUAUUGACUCAAUAACCCAACCAGCCUGUACUCAGCAGAAUGUAAGCCAAUAGGUAAGUGUACUGAAAUGACAACCAAUGAAAUAAAGUACUUAUAUCACGUGAAUAGACUACGAGUAGCCCCUCAUUUUCCAGAGGGAUAGUUGAGCAAGUGAAAGAAGUAAACGCGAGUGAAAAUCGUCUCCCAUGGGGGAUUUUCAGGCACUCUAGUGUAUAUCACACGCUCAACGGUCCUUGAGGAAAUUGAGGGGCUAUUUGUAGUCUAUCUCGCGAACAUUAACAUAAGACAACUUAGGACCUGUUCUUAUGAGGUCUCAGUUAACCAAGAUCUUGAGCUCAAAUUUUUCCGUUGUAUGAGUACGUACUUGAGCCUCUCAUGGUUCUCUCUUUAGUGAAUAUUUCACAAGCAAUGGAUAAUCCUUUCGCUCCUUUAUUUACCGAAAAACGCGUUUUGAAGCUAGCCGUUUCCUGGUCAAUUUUGGACUAUAAACAGCCAAAAACGAGGUCAAGGUCAAGCACUUGGCGGCCUUCUACUGCAGAUGCAAAAUAUCAGCUUUUAAAGUUGGGGCAUGCGCAGAAUGAAAAAUCUCGUGACACAGCAGUCUCGACGUUUACCUUUCGUUUGUCUCUUCCCUGUCUUCCCUUUUUGUCUCUUGCAAUUUUUUUUUUUAACCGGCAAAAGACCAUUUUACAGUUGUGGACUUAGUGCCCUAGCCUUCGAGUGAAUGUGAGGCUGAGGUUGACGUUUUUUUGAUACAAAUCUCCUUUGCUUUGUUAUGGAAAUUGUUUUUGAAAAAUACUAGUUAGCAUAAGAACAACUUGAUUUACAUAAUAAAGCAGGAACGUUUGUAUUAUAUCAAAACAAGGUCACCUCCAGCCUUGCUUCCAUCCACAACUGUAAAAUGGCCUAUUUACUCACUUCAUAUCGGUGAGCAACGUUUUUGCUACAGCUUGUGGGAUCUUAGGAUUAGAUGGAAGGAAGUACAGGUGUGUAGUGGAAUAAGGCUGUCAUCGGAAUUUUCCGGUCAACCUUACAUGGCUUUUACCUUUUAACUAAAUCGAAUCGCACUCAUUCUCGCAUUCUUUAAGAGAUCUUUUCUCCUUGCACAGGUUAGAUCAGAGUUAUCCUUGGCCGCUCCGAUGGUUAUGGGCGGGUCAGGGUCGAGUGGGUUUAAGACGUUCAGAACUGCAGCAAGGCAAAUGACGACUUUCGUGCAGACUAUCACGUAAACAAUUUCCUGAAAUUUCUCACAUGAACACAAAACCGAGCUAGCGCGGUUAAAUGAGCCAGCCUGCUUAACCGGACCCAUAUAAACAGGCGCAUACUUAGGUUUAAGCUCCCAGUGCGAUUCAAAUACGUGGAGAGUAGACUCCUCCGUUUCCCAAACGCUCUUUUGGCUUUUGACCCAACGAACCUCCCUGGCGAACGUCUGCUGAAACGAGCGGCGUUCAUGUAGACCAGUCAGAGCUCACUUCCAGUUCCUAUAGAUGAACUUUGGUCCUUCAAAAAUAUUGCGUGGGAGAAUAGCUACAAAACGACGAUACCUUUUUAAACGCGGCAUUUUAGCUAACUUGGUUGUAUGUAAUUUGACAAAAUGGCCAAACUAAAUCAGUUCUGUAACAUACCCACGUAAAUAUUAUAACGACCGCGAAAAAACAAACAAACAAAAAACAACAACAACGAAAAACCCAAGAACUAUCGGAUAAUAUGAGGAAGUCAGUUAGUAAACUAAAGAAAAAAGAAUUUAUAUGUAUAAAAGGAAGUUACAAGGACGAUCACGACUACGUGCAAACUUCCACUAAGUUUUUCUAUAACUCAAAACAGAAAAACCCCAAGAAUGAGUGCACAUUGAGGAACGGGUGCAUCAUCAGGUGUCCAAACGAUCUCACACGCUGAUUUCAACUCACGUCUUGCAUUUGAAUAUCCUGAUGAAUCAGGAAUUCUCCAGAAUGCUACAUGCGUAUUUUGUCGUACCUUCAAUAUACCAGUUCCCAUAUGUUUAAAUUUUUACUUGGCCCUAAGGCUUGGAGGAAUAAAACAGAAGAAAGGUAUUUUUCUACUGUCCCUCAAAUUAUUGCGGCUUGUUUUAUUCCUCCAAAACUCUCGGGAUCAAGAAUAUUGUUUUUCUGCUGUGGAAUGAUGAUUUAUUCCUCUUUUUUAAUCAUACUUCUUUAUAUUUACGUAUUUUAAAACCUCUCUACAAACCGCUGUUUUGUUUAAUUCCUUAGCACGGUGGCAGAUGGUGAAUGAGGUGACGACGUCAUUCUUCAUGAUGCAACAAACUGCUUUUAUUCAUGCUUUCGCCUUGCAUCUUUAGAGAACUAGGGGCAGCUUAGAACGAAGGGAGAUCCAAUAGGCUAAAAGAAACCAGAUUGAAUCUCGUAGAAGACUGCUACACAGCUUAAAAGUUUCUCCACAACCUUUUGUUAUUAGGACCGAACAAGCGAUGUUUUUGGCCUCGUUGAAAUUAACUUUGGACUCACUCUUCGAAAUAGCUUGUCAGAUUAUCGUCAAUUAAAACUAUAUCUUGUAACAAUAUACGAAGGCCAUCCAACAGUUUCGGACGCUACACAGCUCUUACAAGGCUCCGCAGGAUUGACUGAGAAAACAAUAAACAAACCCAAGAGAGAAUAAAAAGGUCUAUAGAAAAGACCUGUUUUCUUUUUCUAUAACAGUAACAAUGGACCCUUGCUCUAAAACAAGAGCUGCCUGCUAUUGAAUAUCCGAUGAAAUUAGAGGGUCUAAAGAGCUGCGUACUUCCAACUGGCCAAUCAGAAGCAGGGAUUCGAAAUUCAAAUGCUUGUGGAACUCGCUCACAAAAAGGAGUGGCUUUACAGGAGUUUGCCUGUUCUUCUUGUCCCGACUACCUGCUCCUACUUCGUUGUUAGGGUCGGAGAGACGAGUAGGAGAGGACCCUGAGAAUGAGUUUUUAGCCGCCCCUGGUUCUCCAAGGAUGACGUUCACGUGUAAAAUAGUCAUUACGAUAAGAGAUUUAGAAUCGCGUUUACAGCAAACGUCAAAUUGUACCACGUGACCAAGUUUUCCCUUUACUUGUCGUUUACUGUUUAUUAUUUGUACACGGGAAUAAGUUGUUUCAUGUUGUGUUCAUCCAGUAGAUUAAUUUUGGACAAUUUUUUUCUGCUCAUUUCCAAUUUGAAAAGUUACCAACUUGCAUCUCACGUUUUCCGUUUGCCCUGAACGAGACUCUAAAUCUCUCUAAUACUUCAAUGGCAAGGAAGGAUCGUCUUUCAUCUUCUAUUGCAUCCGUUUGUAAAUAUUAUCUGUUAAAUACAAUUUUCUUUCAACCUAUUCGGUAACAAAACUUCGUACUACAGGAUAUUUCUUUACAAAUACAU